AUGGUCCUGAAAACCUGGGGACUUUAGCGAUAUACGGCGUCUCAAUCAUUCUAAACUAUGUUUUAGAUAUGUGGACCGUAAAUAUGAGCUGUCAUCACAUUACAUGAAGAGUCUGAUACUGAAUAGGCCUUCCUUGCGUUUACGUACUUCACAAACCUACGUUGUAACCUAGGCUAUAGCCUAUCCCAUCGAGAUGUAUCAUAACCUAAGUCCACAUGUACCGUGGGGAUCCUACAGUUCAGUUCUUACCUUGUUCAACCACUGGUUGAGACACUCCUCAAUGGCAUGAUUUGAAUGAACUUCCAUAGCGUAGGCCUACAGAGCUCAAUUUCAUACUCGGGUGUCUGGUCACAAAUAGGCUACGCGUGCCCCUACAUAAAUAAUAUGAUGCUGUAUUCCGUAAACACAUUCAAACUAAUUUUCUGAUGUAUAAGAGCGAUUUUAUUUAGAGGCGGCGCUUGUUGGCUUCAGAGUAGCGUCGUAACGACACUUUUUUCAAUCCCAGUAAAAAGAGUUUGACCAGGAACCGAGUUGUAGCUGGGGGUCGACUGGAUCUGGGGGGUGAUUGCUGCUUUUCAGCAGAAUUUUCUAUUUUAUUUUUUAUUUUCUUAUUGUUUCAUAUUUUAUCGAAUUCAUUACUUCCACCGUAACUUCUCUACCAGGAUUUUAUUAGAUCAUGAACAAACUAUAUGUCGGGAAUUUGAGUCCUUCGGUCACCGUCGAGGACUUGAAGCAGCUCUUUGGUGAGAGGAAGCUUCCAGUGGCCGAUCAGGUCCUGCUCAAAUCCGGCUAUGCCUUUGUGGACUUCCCCGAUCAAAACUGGGCCAUUAAAGCAAUUGAAACUCUAUCUGGAAAAGUUGAAUUACAUGGGAAGGUGAUUGAGGUAGACUACUCUGUUCCCAAAAAACUAAGGAGUCGGAAGAUCCAGAUCCGGAACAUCCCCCCUCAUCUUCAGUGGGAGGUUUUGGACAGCCUUUUAGCACAGUAUGGUACAGUCGAGAACGUGGAACAAGUCAACACUGACACAGAAACAGCUGUGGUGAAUGUCACAUACGCAACAAAGGAAGAAACGAAAGUAGCGAUCGAGAAGCUGACUGGACACCAGUUCGAGGACUACUCUUUCCACGUGUCCUACAUCAUGGACACGGACGCCGCUCCGCCACCUCAGCAGCAGUCUCCGCGCCUGCGUCGGGGCGGACGCUCGUCACGGGAGCAGGAUGCGUCCUCGCAGCCCGGUCCGUCGGGCGGACUGGCCUCACAACGCCACAAGGCCCAACACGACUUCCCCCUGCGCCUGCUCGUGCCCACGCAGUUUGUCGGCGCCAUCAUCGGCAAGGAGGGCCUCACCAUCAAGAAUGUCACCAAACAGACACAGUCCAAGGUAGACAUCCACCGGAAGGAGAAUGCCGGAGCGGCGGAGAAGCCCAUCACCAUCCACUCCACCCCCGAUGGCUGCUCUGCAGCCUGCCGCAUGAUCCUGGACAUCAUGCAGAAGGAGGCCAACGACACCAAGGUAACGGAGGAGAUCCCUUUGAAGAUCCUGGCUCACAACAGCCUGGUGGGCAGGCUAAUUGGGAAGGAGGGCCGGAACCUGAAGAAGAUCGAGGAGGAAACGGGGACCAAGAUCACCAUCUCCUCAUUACAAGACUUAACCAUUUACAACCCUGAGCGGACCAUCACAAUAAAAGGCAGCUUGGAGGCCUGCUGUAAGGCGGAGGUGGAGAUCAUGCGAAAGCUGAGGGAAGCCUACGAGAAUGACAUUGCUGCUAUAAACCAACAAACCAACUUGAUCCCGGGGCUGAACCUCAACGCCUUGGGCAUCUUUUCCACGGGCCUUCCAAUGCUGCCUCACGCUGCCGGGCCUCGCGGGGUCCCCCCUGUGCCUCCUGCGGGAUACAGCCCUUUCCUGAGUCCCUCGUCACAUCUAAGUGGCUUAUACGGAGUUCCUCCAGCCAGUGCCAUUGCCCACCAGCACACGUCAGCUCCGGAGCAGGAGGUGGUCUACCUCUUUAUUCCAACUCAGGCUGUUGGGGCAAUUAUCGGCAAAAAGGGCCAGCACAUUAAGCAACUCGCACGGUUCGCCGGAGCGUCCAUUAAGAUUGCGCCGGCAGAAAGCCCUGAUGUCACCCAGAGGAUGGUGAUCAUCACAGGGCCCCCAGAAGCCCAGUUUAAGGCUCAGGGCAGGAUAUUUGGGAAGCUGAAGGAGGAGAACUUCUUCACGGCGAAAGAGGAGGUCAAGCUUGAGACGCAUAUCAAAGUGCCCUCUUCUGCCGCUGGCAGGGUCAUUGGCAAAGGUGGCAAAACGGUGAAUGAAUUGCAGAACCUCACCAGCGCAGAGGUCAUUGUGCCUCGGGACCAAACACCUGACGAAAAUGACGAGGUCUUUGUCAAAAUCAGUGGGCAUUUCUUCGCUAGCCAGACUGCACAGAGGAAGAUCAGGGAGAUCAUCCAGCAGGUGAAGCAGCAAGAACACAAGCACCAGCAGGGGGGUCCCGUGCCACGCCACGCCAAGUGACCGGCAGGGCCGCCCCAGCGGGCACCAGCCAAUGAAUGUAGCCCUCCCAACUGGAGCGAGAGAUUGAGCAAGAGAGAGAACGAGAGCGAGAGAGAAAAGAGUGGAAGAGAGCGAGACGGAGAAGAGUCAGAGGGGAACAGGCAAGAGGAAGACCAGCGGCAUCGGGAACAAAAGAAUAACCAAAGAACUUCACAUGGGGGAAAAGGUGUGAGCCAAAGGCUAACGGGGCUAAGUCGGCUGCCAGCCUAAGAGGGCUGUGGAUAUAUGCGGAGAGACAUGACUGUUCAAAAACUACCACCCACACACACACACACACACACUCUGUUCACACAUGUGCUAAAACAUUGACAAAAAAAAAAAUGACAAAAAAAGAAUUGGGUAUCUUGAAAGAAUUGGGUAUCUUUUGUGUUCACAAGUUUAAAAGCAGGAAGCAUCAUCCUCCUGUGUUAGGUUAUCUCAUUUAGUUGGACUAAUAUAGGCCUAACAACCACACUCACAAGAAAAGCUCUGUUCACACAGACAGUAUGUACAUUCAUGCAUAGUGUUUGAGGGAUUGGUGUAGACUUAGGUACAGGUGUGGAAUAGUGACUAAGAUAUUUAAAAAAAAAACACUUUUUUAUUUCACCAACGGUUUUGAUGCUAAGAUUGCAAGUGUCGGUUUCCUUAGCAGUAUUAACAAACGUUAGAACAAAUAUACUGUUAUAUACUGAAAAGAUGUACUGUUAAUCUUGUUUAUACAUGGAGUAUAUAAGCACUUAUAUACAGACUGAUGUGUAUAUUUGUGUAUACAUAUAUAGUUGUAUGUAUAUAACAGUAUAUUUUUUCAUAGAUGAUAAAGAUCUUUUAAAAAGAAACUUGGGAGGGGAUCUUGGGGCAUACUUAGGGGGAAGAGUUUGAUUCAUAUCUAUUAUUUGUUUGCAUUUGAGAUAUUUAAAGUGAAACAAAGAUACGCAAAAGCAUUGACAAACUUAGAAGAGAGAAAGACAACUUAGUGGAUUAUUCGGAAUCCAUGUUAUUCAGCCUGUGUGUGCCAACUGCUCUUAGUUCACAUAUCCAACGCUGGUUACUUGUAUUUUGUUGUUACUAACGUUUCAGUCUUUUUGCUUAACUUUCUUUUUUCACUCUCGGGUGCUGUCAUCAGCGUCAGCUGAUGUCUGUGUUGUUGUUGUUUUUUGCUUUCUUUUGUUGCGUCACAGUGAAAUUCCACAUUGCCUGUGAUAUUGCCUUGCAGCCUUUUUGACUUUUUGACUUUUACACGGCUGAUUUGACUGCCUCUUCUCGGUUAAGAAGACAUGAGAUAAAUCAUUACAGAGAGUGUGAGACUGUAGGCCUAUAUAUACAUAUAUACAUAUACACAUUGAUCAUCCAUACGAGGAGAGUGACCGCUCAAUUAGAUAUUUUGUCGUAGGAGGGGCUGUUGAAGAAUCUCAAAUCGAGCGUGGAGUUUGUCUGUCCCGGUGCGUUUUGUCAUACCCUGAGCAGAGGGGAGCAGUGCAGUGCAAAAGCGUGUGACAGAGGAAAGGGUG